AUGGAUUUUUGUAAAGAUCAUUGGGAACAACCUUUUACAUUUUAUUGUUCAACUUGUAAACAGUUAGUUUGUAAUGAAUGUAUCGUCAGUACACAUCAAACACAUACAUUUUGUACCAACAGUAAAAUGAGAGUAGAAGAGGAAAGCAAUCGUUUCUAUAUGAAAAAGAUCGAAUAUCUUUGGAAACAAUUGAAACAUACAACAACAACAGUUGAAUCACUCAGAAAGACAGAGACCGAGAUAGCAGAGUUCUACAAAGUACUUCACGAUCUUCUCAUUCAAGAGGAGCAUAAGAUCAAGAAACAAGUGACUUCAGAGAUUGACAAUGCAGUUCCGUUAGUUCUUGAUUUAGUUAAAGAGAUACAAACAACAAAACAUGUCAUCGAGUCAAUGGGUCUGGAGAUUACCAACUUAAUGACAGUGGAAACAGUACAAGAAAGUAACAACAACAAUGAUGAUACCACUAUCAGUGAGCAAGUGGAGGAAAUGGUUACCGAGGAAAUAGUCAGUAUCAGGGUUGUCGAAGAUGAUAUCAAUAAGCUGUUUGAUGCAGUUGGUCAUUGUUCAAAUUUAGAAUCAUUUUUGAAAAAUGAAUCAUUAUUUCCAAAGUCAGUUCGAGAGAGUGACAAACCAAUCGACCAAAAGCAACUUAUUGAAUGUAUGGGAUACAUUACACAGCUCAAACCAUCAAUUUCAAUCCGAUUACCAAUUGAGUAUGAAGUAAAGUUCUCUGAACAAGCUAGAACCAGUAUUGUUUCAAGUAUUCCUCAAUUAAACGAUUUGUAUGACAAGAACAGAAAGUUUUUAGUUAUUCAUAAGAGUGAUGGAUGGAUUAAGUUGGAUCUUGCAAACGAAACUAUAAGCAACGUUGAUCCACCAACUUCAAAUAGUUAUUAUACCCUAUCAGUAAAUGGGCGCACUUCUUUGAUAUGUGAUAACUCAUUAUACACAUUUCAAGAUAGUAAAUGGAAGAAAGAGUCUUUAAUUAAGUCAGUUCCGAAUAUAACUAGUUCGUGUCACGACUCCAAGAAUAACACUAUUUAUAUAUUUUAUUCAGAAUAUUCGCAAAAUUAUAUGUUGAAAUGGAAUCUUAAUGACAAGUCAUCAAGUGUUUCAACAUUAAAAUCACAUGUAAGUGGUAUACCUAUAUUCAUUGACAAUUCAAUAUAUUUUUUCAAUAACUCAACCAAACAAAUUCAACUUUUGGAUCAAGAAAAAUACACAAUGGACUUACAUUAUUCAUAUGAGAAAGUAAUUUCAAGAAAACUUCAUUACGGUAUCUAUGAUAGAAAUCGAUCAGUCUAUAUAUCAACAAAGAAAUCUAUAUACAAGAUAUCUGUUAUCGAUAAAACAUGCACCAAAAUAACAAAUCUUCCUUGUUUCCUCAAUAAAAAAUCAACAAUUAGAAUGGCAUAUACUCUAGAGUAUAGAAAUUGUUUUAGUGAAAGAUAUAAUAGUUUGAAUAAAAAUUCGAUCAGACCAGCAAACUCACAGUUUUUUAUCGACUACGUAGAUAUUGAAGUUCAAAAAUGGAAAUUAAUUAAUUUUCCAUAUAUGGAUAUGGAUAAGUGUCAAUGUGGCAUUUUUUAA